AUGACGGACGACAAAGUUGGCCGAACAAGACGUGGCGGUGCAAGCAAAGCACAUAGCUCUGCACGUAGACAGGCUGCGGUCAAUGUAGAUAAAAUUCCAAGUCGAGCUAAAGGGAAAGCAGUUUCAACCACGACGGAUGAGCCUCGACUGGAGGAUGCAGAAUCGCAAGAGGAGAAUGAAGACGUGGAAGAAAAUUUUUCUGAAGAAGGGGAAGAGGAAGGGGAGGAAGGAGUGGAUGAGGAAGCGGAGGAAGCGGACGAGGAAGCGGGUAAAGAGGGGGAUGAUGAUGGGGAAGAAGAAGUUGACGAGGAAGCGGAUCAAGAGGGGGAGGACGAAGGGGUAGAAGAAGUGGAUGACGAAACGGAAGAGGAAAUGGAGGAGGAAGAGGAGUCUGAACAACCACCACCAGAACCUAAAAAACCACGGAAAAAGGUUACGCGAGUAACACAAGGAAGGAACCCACCACGAGUAAAACCACCACCAGUUACAUGUUAUGAUGGUGGUCCGUCUGACUUGUCUUUGUUGCCGGGAUUUGGAAAACAUGUUGUUGUCCCGUUGUGGAAAGGAGAGCUCCAAUCCCGGUAUUUGAGGGUAAUGAACAACGGGAAAAAAAUCAAUAAAUUCAAGAUAUGUCCGAAAGAGUACUCGUGGUUUUGGAAUGUCGUUAAUGCGUCCGGACUCGAAACCUUGCGGCGGACAAGUUACAAUCACACCGAUUGGGGGCUGUUGACAGCAUUUGCAGAGCGAUGGCAUCCCGAGACCGGUACUUUCCAUCUUCCAAUUGGUGAGAUGACUAUAACCUUGGACGACGUGUCCUCAUUGCUUCAUAUUCCGAUUACCGGAAAAAUGCUCGACCACAACGGAAUGUCAUGUACAAAGGAAGAUGGUGAAGAGAUGUGCGUAGAGUAUCUGAACUUCCCUAUCAAUAAGUGCAAGAAGGAGUUUAAAAAAAUGAAAGGAGCACAUAUAGGGUUUAAGACGUUGAAGGAUUUGUAUAUCGAUAAUUUGAGGGAUGCCUUGAAAGCUGAAAGGUUAAAGAAGCCUGCUGAAGAUGUUGAAUUCCUCAGGGAAUGCACCAUUAGAUGCUAUCUGCUAUACUUGAUCGGUGAACCAUUUUCACCAACAAAAGUAUGCAUUAACACAUGGAAUUGGGGUGCUUCUGGGCUGGCAUAUCUGUACAACUACUUGGAUGCUGCAAGCCGCCCGAGAUGUGGAAAUCAUGGUGGUUAUAAUUGUCUAUUUCAGGCCGGGAUUAUGGCGCAUUUCAAAACUUUUAGUGGACGUUUUGUUGAUCCAAAAUACAUCCACGACAAUCCCUAUGCGGCAAGAUUUUUGCCUUUAAAAGGACCAAAAUUUCCAGGGGAGCAUAGGUCCGCAUUGGAUACAAUGCGCAUGGAUGAAGUGGUGUUUUGCCCAUAUGAGGAGCACCGGCAAACCAGACCCUUUCAAGAUAGCAGUUGGUACACUGGUUGGAUUAUGUGUGGAAGUGCUAUUAUCAAUCCACACUUGCCAGAGCGUGUCCUCCGACAAUUCGGACAUGUCCAGUCUAUCCCUAGGCACCCUGAUGUAUCUGCAAAGGCUGGUAUGAAUCGGUUUACGAUUGCUGAUGCAUUUGCUUCCUACCUGACUGCCAACUAUGUGACAGAGGAGAUGCGAGGACCAAAAGUUGUGCGUGCAUUUGAUACCGUACCCGGAUACAUUCCAUGGUUAUACCGUGUUUCUCAUCCGAAGAUAUUGCCACCGGUUGAAGCGGAUCCACCAACACAUGCUAACCUUGAGGAGGACAACGUGAGCGGUGAAUGCGACGUGUCUGAAGUGACUAAGAAGGUUCGAGCGGAUUUGAGGAAAGCGCUCGAUGGUCAACUCAAUUUGGCCGAUGCUUUGGUGGUUAUUGAAAAAGCCUACACUGAUUUGGAGCCUGUAGAUGCAUAUUUGGUGCGACGGAAGAGGAAAAGAGACUCGGGUGAAGGAACAAAGAAGAGGAAGAAGAAGAAGAAGACAACAACGGAAGAUGCCGGAACAAGCAGCUUGUAG